AUGAUCAUUAAUGCAAAUAUACCUACUGAAGAACCUCUCAAUGAUGCUCAAAUUAUUGAAAUUGUACUGGCAGAGCAAUUAGAAGAUAAGCAAGAUAAUCCUAACGACAGUGAUGAGAAAUUAUGCAACAUUCUACCUUUAAAUGUAUUUCAAAAAUACUUGCCUCUAAUGGAGAAAAAAAAUGCUGAAGCAAAGAAACAAAAAUCUAUUACAGAUUUUUUUGGCUCAUUAGAGAUUCAAGAGACUACUAGUAAUAAUUAG